AUGCAUCAUCCGACAUUGAUUCUCGCGGCAGCGUCUGCCCUCUCGGGAAUCACACCGCCAUGGUUUGCCCAUGCCGCUGCCGUCUACCCAGGAAGCGGCCCUCCUCAAGCGUUUUCCUUGGUGGAACGGGCAACACCUCAGGCCCCGGACGGAUACGCGCCGGCAGCAGUCGACUGCCCGAGCACCAGACCAGAGAUCCGUGUCGGAUCUUCUCUCAGUCCCCAGGAGAAAGAGUGGCUCCCUAGACGGCGAGCCGAGACUAUAUCCCAUAUCCGGGACUUUCUUCAAAGAAAUGCGAUACCGGGAUUCGACAGCGAGAAAUACUUGAGCGGAGCCACGGCUAAUUCAACUGCUCUGCCCAACAUCGGCAUCGCGGUUUCUGGCGGCGGCUAUCGCGCCAUGCUGAAUGGCGCUGGGGCUGUCGCGGCGUUCGACAGCAGAUCUCCGGGCAGCACCUCAAAGGGCAAUAUCGGAGGUCUCCUGCAAACUGCGACUUACAUCUCGGGCUUGUCCGGGGGAGGCUGGCUUGUUGGCCCCAAGGGUUUCAAAGACUACUACAAGACCGUUUUUGACGAGGCUGAUAAAAAGCACGACGCUGGAUUCAACAGAUCGAUCACUGACUACUGGGGCCGAAUGUUGUCGUUCCAACUCGUCAACGCCGAGGGUGGUGGUCCAAGCUAUACCUUUUCAUCCAUCGCCGACGACUCGGACUUUUCUGCUGCAAAAGCGCCGCUCCCGUUCCUUGUUGCAGAUAGUCGUGCUCCGGGGGAGAAGAACACGACGAUUGAUGACGCCUUGUUCGAAUUCAACCCGUGGGAACUUGGCUCAACGGACCCUUCGCUCAACGGGUUUGUCCCCCUCAAGUACGUGGGCUCCAAGUUCAACAACGGCAAGCUGCCCGAUUCCGAAAAGUGCAUCGCUGGCUUUGACAACGUUGGCUUUGUCAUGGGCACAUCCAGCAGUCUCUUCAACCAGAUUAUUCUUCGACUCAAGGAUUCAAAUGGAAGCAAAUACAUUCCAGCAGACGUGCCCAAGUUUGUGGUCAAGAUUAUUCUCGAAAUACUAACGGCCCUCGGAGACGCCGACGACGACAUUGCCGACUGGACGCCGAAUCCAUUCAAGGGCUGGAACAAGGCCGUCAACAAGGCCGCCACGUCGGAUCGUCUUACGCUCGUGGACGGCGGCGAGGACGGGCAAAACGUUCCAUACCAUCCGCACCUCCUUCUGGAGCGCAAAGUCGACGUCGUCUUCUCGGUCGACUCGUCCGCCGACACGAAUGCAUGGCCCGACGGCGCCGCGCCCAUGAGGACGUACGAGCGCUCCCUCAGUCCCGUCUCCAACGGCACGAGCUUCCCCGUCGUGCCUGGCCGCAACUCGUUUAUCAAUCUCGGCCUCAAUACCAAGCCGACAUUCUUUGGCUGCAACGCUACCAAUACGACGAAUGCCGCGCCGCUCAUAGUCUAUCUGCCCAACUACCCGUACCAGUUCCACUCCAACAUUUCUACCUUUUCGCUGAGCGUCAAUAACAGCGAGCGCGAUGCCAUGAUUUCGAAUGGCUGGGCUGUUGCGACGCAACUCAACGGCACGCGGGAUGCAGACUGGCCGACUUGUGUGAGUUGCGCCAUGCUGCAGCGCAGCUUUGAGCGGACAAAAACGCCCGUCCCGGACAAGUGCAACCAGUGCUUCUCGCGGUACUGCUGGAAUGGCACGAUAGAUGAACGGCCCCCUGCCAAGAUGUACGAGCCGCAGCUGUACGGGACAGCCGUAGAUGUCAAGGGGACAUCGAAGAGUGCUGGUCUGCGGCUGUUGGGCAGCACUUCCGCUGCUUUGGCCACCGUCGCUGCUUGCUUGGUGAUUACGUAG